GUGCCCCCCCCCCCUCACCUUUGGAAUCUAACUUCCGCCAAUGGGCGACAGCUGUGACCUGUGGAGCUAGUUUCUCCUCCUGUUUGACCCUUCACAGAUAGAUACAUUCUGAACAGACAGUAGUUCUACACCGCAGUAAAAAAGCUAAAAUAGGGCUAAGUAAACUUACAAUGUUACAAUGGGUCAUUCAUUUACUAUUUGCUGUUGACGUUGCUAGUAGUUUGCCUUGUAAAUCCUGAAUAACGCUAGAAUUCACUUUAUGCUUCCAUUUUCACCACAACACUAACUGCUCCUCGGUUUUGGAGUGAAUAAAACAACUAAAUUGAGGGAGCAGCAAGAUCCUGCCUGAAGAUAAGAAAGGAGGUCUUCCAGCCGCAGCAGUGUACGUGCCGGAGGUCUUGUCCCGGCCCGGCCCGGCCCGGCCCGGCCCCUGCCUGUCCUGCCCUGCCCUGGCUGGAUGGAAAGUAGCGGUUUCCUCCGAGCCGAGAGGGAGCAGGCGGAGUGAAAGUGCACACGUGGACAGUAGACACCUGAGACUGACAUGGACGUCAGCCAAUCAUAGCACGGACUGAUGACGCGAGCUCACCUCUGUAAUCCAAUGGGAUAGUUGAUUGGGGGGUAAAACCCUAAACUGUUGUUUAGAGUCGGGAAAAAAAUCGAAAAAAGGCUGUGGAACGGGUCUGGUCCGGAGGCGGCUGGGAAUCUGAUUUGGAGGAGAUAGCUGAUGUUUACUGGAUACUUUGUGUCUUACCGAGGAACAGAGGAUCUCUCUCCUCUUUGGAAAAAUGAUUUGUUUUAUAAGAAAAUGAAGAUGCGUUGAUAUUUCUGGCUAAACAUACUUAUAUGUAAUAACUUUUCAUCUCCAGUGACGAACAUACUUGGAAUAAACGUGUAGGGGUAAACAGCAGGUGAUGACAGCCUGGUCUGCAGUCACGAGCACACAUCAUCCACAAAUGAUGGCUAGUCAUUACCAGGGACAGCAUCCGACUAAUGUGAAUUCAUGAAGUGAGCUCAGUCCGCAUAACCCAAAGGGAAAAACUGCAGACAGGUUCACAUGCUUAAAGGGGCUCAGAGUCAUGGGAAGCUUCAAGGGCCACGCGCUCCCUGGAAGCUUCUUUCUGGUAGCUGGGAUCUGGUGGACAGGGAAGCACUCACUCUGGCACGCCACCCGCAGGAACAAGAACAUAGGCUCCACUCGGCUGGCCAGCAGAGCCUCACAGCGCCGCCUGGAGAUCAUCGAAAGCUCGGUCGUACUCUUCUUUUCUUUAGUUGGGAUGCUGUUAGAGCAGUUUGCAGCAGGUGGGCCGAGACUCCAGCUGUAUGACUUUGCAGAGAAACACUGGGAAUACCUGAUGAACUGGCAGCAUGCCACCAUGUAUCUGUUCUUUGGCCUGGCUGCCACUGUGAAUCUGAUUGUACACACCACAGAGGUUGCUCCACUGGCACUGGAUAGAUUAAUGCUGGCUAUUGCUUUCUUUAAUGAAGGAUUUCUUUUCUUCUACCACCUCCAUGGCAGGAGUAUGCUGGACGUCCAUGUGCACCAGCUACUUCUCUUCGCCAUCUUUGGCGAGGCUGUUGUUGCCUUCCUGGAGGUCUUCCACCGAGGUAACAUCAUCCUGGAGCUGCUGCGCUGCACCCUCACUCUCCUGCAGGGAAGCUGGUUCUGGCAGAUUGGUUAUGUGCUGUACCCUCCCCACGGCCCUGAGUGGGACCUAAAUGAUCACAACAACAUGAUGUUCGUCACCAUGUGUUACUCCUGGCACCUCGCCUUCGCCAUGCUCGUCGUGAGCGUGCUCUAUUGCACCGUCAGCUGUGGGGUUCGCUCCAGAUUGAGGAGGACUCCUCCGAUGGAAAUGGGACUUCUGAAGCCGAGAGAUCCAGAGUCAGAAGAUGAGAUUCUGUGAAGAAGACUGUUGUACGCCUACAUUGUGACUCAUGUAUAUCACACUUAAAUCAGGGAUAUGAUGUCUGCAGUUCCAGCAGCAGUACGACUAGAAGCAAAGUGUGCAGACAGAAGAGGGAUAAGGACAAAGUUUCUGGAUGCUUUACUUUAGAAAUAUAUCUCUACCUCUGCCUUAUUUAAUCAGCUGUAAACCCCUUUAGCCUUAUUCUCAUUGUUCAUUGCUAGUUAUUUUACUGUGUCCUAAUACCUUUCAUAUACUCGGCCAUGUCAUUUUUGCCAAUUAUUAUUUUGCACAUACAAUAUAAGUGAACAUGAACUCAUAAGGGUAAGCUUUUUAUGGAUUGCAUGCUUUUAAUUUGACUCGGCAAACCUCUGUUGUCAGACAUAUUGGUUUUUGGUGUAACGUUAUCUUGUGGCUUUUUUGUUUCAUAUUGUUUAAACUCAAACCCAAAUGCCAAAAAAUAAGAAUUUUAUUAAAAUUGUUUAAUUGUUAA